AUGUAUGAAUGCGAACGAAUCAAUAAACAACUUAAUGAUUAUCAUUCAUUUGCUACAUCUAUAUUGAAUUUUCUUCAAAAAUAUUUAACACAAUUUCAUAAAGCAUUAAUAAAUUACUCAAUUGUUCUAAAACAUCUUCAUAAAAAAUCAACUAAUCUAUUAGUAAAAACUAAUUCUAAUCAUGAAUUAACUAAACAGUUACAUCAUGCUUUUUUAUCUUUAACACAAACAUUUGAUGAUGAAUAUCAUCAUUUAGAACAACGAGCUUCAUUACUAAAAAUUAUUCAAUUAACAAUUGAAAAUCUUAAACAACAAAUCAAUUCAUCAAUAAUUUUAAAACAAAAAAAUAAAUUACAUAAAUAUACAUAUCGUAUUAUACGUUUAAAUCGUAAUAAAAAAAGACAAUAUUUAUAUCAAUUAGUUCAACAAAUACGAAAACAUGAUAAACUAACAUUAACUUGGAAAGAUAAUGUUGAUAAUAUAACAUCACAAACAACGAACCUUAUUUGGAAACUUUUUUCUUAUUCACCAUAUAAAUUUGAUAUAAAACCUUUAAAAACACCAACAAGUUCUUUAUCAAUCAGUGAAACAAAUGUUGAUGUACCAUGUGUUGAAACUGUUAAACAAAAUGAUCAACUAUCUUCUCCAAUUGAAUUAGGCUCUGGUGAUCAAUUACAAUCACAAUCAAUUAAAGAAAUUCUACUACAUGAAUCAGAACAAGAACAAGAACAAAAACAAAUAUCAAAUAGUAAUAAUGCUUUAAUCAUACCAGUAAAUCUUAAAAGAAAUGGUGAUGAAAAUCAAUCACUCUAUUCAACUGAUAUUGAUGAAACAAUUGUUGAAAAAAAUCGAUUACAUGAUGAUUUCAUUAAUGAUGAUGAUGAUGAUCGAUGGAUAAAGUUAGUAAAACAAAAUGAAGUUCAAUGGCAACAAACAAAAUCAACAUUAUCUAUAUCAACAGAUGAAAGUAGUAAUGAUAGUGGAAGUAUUAUUGAACAACAUAAUACAAUAAUUAAAACACAAAAAUCAUUACAUUUAUCGGAUAUAAGUUAUACAACAGAUUAUUAUUCACAAAAUGAAUCAGAUUAA